AUGCCAAUUGGUGAAACACUGGCUGCCAUCUGCCUCCUCCGUUCUUAUGAAAUAAUCACACAGAAUGUCAGCUCCCAAAGUCAUCUACAAGGAUGCUACUCCCUCCUAGCCAGCCGGCACGUCCAGCUUACUUCAGACUUACUUAGCGCAGGGUUCUGGAACUAUCUGCGAGAGGAUAUUACUGUAUCCCUUAUUGAACAGCGGAGCCUCAUGAUCGCCUUGUCUCAGCAUACCCCUCCGGAAUCUGCGGACGACGCGGACUUUGCCAAUAGUGUGACGUUCCUCCUUGGAAAAGCUAUUAAUCGAUGCCUAUCAAUAAACUCUCCGGCCCUCAGCCUCCCAGAAUGGGAAAGUAUAAAGUCCGAGCUAGAUAGUUGGAAAGCCUCGCUUCCCUCCUCUUUUGACCCAAUACAAACCCCAGGCCUGGGAAAGCAAAGUAACUUCCCAUCCAUUUGGGCUCUCCGAGGCUGGCAUGCCUCGAGUCUCCAUUACUAUCACACCGCCAUGAGCAUCCUCUGGCUGGCAGAGCCAUUACCACAGCCACUCAAUACCUUACAACGCCUAAACAACAUGAACGCCCUCCGUCAAAAGUUAGAUCACCAUGCGACUGAAGUGUGUGCUUUGGUGCUUACAAGUGAUUCGGCGCCGGUAUGGGUUAAUGCUUUUGGUCCUAUCGCGUUCUGCGGACCUUGGCUUCAGGACAUUCAAAAACGCAACGAGAUUACAGAGGAGGUAAAACGGUGGGGAGAAUUAAGUGGGUGGCCUGUUUCCACCAUAACAGAAGCGCUCUCCUCGCCUAUGGAUGUUGAGCGAUGA